CCUUCGAGAAGGAAGACCAAGGCCAGCAUGCCCAGCCUUCCCCUGGUGCUGAUGCUGCUCUGGGCUGUGGGAUCUCGUGGUUUCCCUGCGACUUCAGAGACACGAGAGCAAGAUGUGGAGAUAGUCCAGAAAUACUUGGAAAACUACUUCAACCUGAAGAAUGAUGGGAAGCAAUUUGAAAAGCAGAGACACAGUGCUCCCGUGGUUGAAAAACUGAAGGAAAUGCAAAAAUUCUUUGGGCUGAAGGUGACAGGGAAGCCAGAUCCCGAAACCCUGAAGGUGAUGAAGCAGCCCAGGUGUGGGGUCCCCGAUGUGGCUCAAUUCGUCCUCACUGAGGGGAACCCUCGCUGGCAGAAAACGGAUCUGACCUACAGGAUUGAAAAUUACACACCAGAUCUGCCAAAAGCGGAGGUGGACCGUGCCAUUGAGAAAGCCUUUCAACUCUGGAGUAAUGCCUCACCUCUCAGGUUCACUAAGGUCGUUGAGGGUCAAGCGGACAUAAUGAUUUCCUUUGUCAGGGGAGACCAUCAGGACAAUUCUCCCUUCUACGGACCUGGAGAAAACCUGGCUCAUGCUUUUCAACCAGGCCCCAACAUUGGCGGAGAUGCUCAUUUUGAUGAAGAUGAAACGUGGACCAACAAUAUUCAAAACUACAAUUUAUAUCGCGUCGCGGCUCACGAGUUUGGGCAUUCCCUGGGACUUUCUCAUUCGACUGAUAUUGGGGCUUUGAUGUACCCCACCUAUACCUACAGUGGCGAUGUUCAGCUCGCUCAGGAUGACAUUGACGGCAUCCAAGCCAUAUAUGGACCUUCACAAAAUCCCAUCCAGCCAACAGGCCCACAAACCCCACAAGCGUGCGACAGUAAGAUAAGCUUCGAUGCUGUCACCACGAUUCGGGGAGAAGUGAUGUUCUUUAAAGACAGGUUCUUCAUGCGCACCCAUCCCUCCUACCCAGAAGCUGAUCUCAACUUUAUUUCUGAUUUCUGGCCACUUCUGCCCAAUGGACUUGAAGCUGCUUACGAAGAUGCCGGUAGAGAUCAAGUCCGGUUUUUCAAAGGUUACAGGUUCUGGGCUGUUCAGGGCCAAGACGUGCUUCGCGGAUACCCCCAGGACAUCUACAGCUCCUAUGGCUUCCCUAGAACUGUGAAGCACAUUGAUGCUGCUGUUUUUGAGGAAGAAACUGGAAAGACAUUCUUCUUUGUUGGUAACAAAUACUGGAGGUAUGACGAAUAUAAACGAUCCAUGGAUGUAGGUUAUCCCAAAAUGAUAGCACAUGGCUUUCCUGGAAUUGGCCACAAAGUUGAUGCUGUGUUCAAGAAAGAUGGAUUUUUCUACUUCUUUCACGGAACGAGGCAAUACAAGUUUGAUCCUAAAACCAAAAGAAUUUUGACCCUCCUGAAAGCAAACAGUUGGUUCAACUGCAGAAAAAAUUGACCAACUGUUACAAAGUUAAACGGAAAAGUAUAUUUCAUGAGCCCAAGAAAGGUGUCUUCCUUAAGA